ACUCAUACUUAUAUAAGGCGAACACGUCCUACAUGAGAUGACGGGUGGUGCAAAAGACUCUGCAAGUGAUUGUAUUGGCGACAUCUCGUUGACAAAUUGUAUGAGAAUCAGAAAUAUAUAUAUGUGAUGGUUCCAACGCAGGAAUAUGAAUAAAAAUACUGUUAUUUAUAGAAUGUAUACAUGCAACUCCACGUGUUGACUCGAUGACAUAGGAGUGCUGUGACAAUACAAAAUUUAAUCGCAUUCUCGACAAAUUCCUUCCGCUAGUUCAUAGGUUAACAUCAAGAAACUGGUAAGAAUAAAACAAAGCAAAAGCCAAAAAUGAAUCAGCAGCAUCAUGACAAAUGUUCUCUGGAUAUUGAAACCAUUAACAAAAAGAUGAAGUUUGAAUGCGAAGUAUGCGGAAAACAAUACUCCAUCGAAGGCAACAUGAAACGGCACCUCAGAAACCAUUUUGCGAAGAAAACUCACGAAUGUAAUGUUUGUGGAAAAAGAUAUUUAUUCAAAUGUGAGUUGGAUAAGCACAUUGUUUGCCAUGUCCAUCCAAGGGAAAAACCACAUAAAUGUGAAAUAUGUGAGAAAGGAUUUGCUUCUUCAAACAGCUUAAAGAAACAUAUACUCAUUCAUUCGGAGAACAGAAAGUACUACCCAUGUGAAAUAUGUGGGAAAAAAUUGACAGCUAUGAGACAUCUGAAAGAUCACAUGUUGAGUCAUAUUGGUGUCAAAUUGUAUAAAUGUGAAAUAUGCGAAAAGAAAUUGACUACUGCUGGUGGUUUAAAAGUGCAUUUGAGAACUCAUUCGAAAGAAAAGCCGUAUGCAUGUGAGACAUGUGGAAAAAAGUUUAGUCGUGGCAGCAACCGCAACAGACAUUCGAAAACACAUACUGAUCAGAGAGAAUAUAAAUGUGAGAUUUGUUUGAAAAUUUUUAGUUGGAAAAGCAGUCUUAAAUUGCAUGUAGGAACCCACAUUGGAGAAAAGAAUUAUCAAUGUGAAAUAUGUGGAAAAUAUUUGACUGGAACACAUAAUUUGAAAUGCCACCAAGUUGUUCAUAGUGCAGAAAGGAAUCAUAAUUGUUCAUUGUGUAACAAAUCAUUUAAGCGAGCUUACGAUCUGCAUAAACAUUUGCGUGUGCACACUGGUUCGAGGAACAUUGAAUGCAAAAUAUGCGGAAAGAAAUUUAGCAACUCAUAUAACAUGAAAAGGCACAUGUUAAUUCAUACAGCGAAGGAAAGAAAUUUUAAAUGCGAAGUGUGCGCAAAAACGUUCAAACAACCCUACCAUGUGCAAAAUCAUAUGUCAAUCCACACUGAACUAAAAGUUCAUAAAUGUGAAAAGUGUACAAAAUCGUUUAGAACAAUUUCAAGUUUAAAAAAGCAUGUGCAUGUGCACAGCAUCUCCAAAAGCUUUAAAUGUGAAGUGUGUGCAAAAAGAUAUAAGCACUCUGCGAGUCUAUAUAGACAUUCACUCCUUCAUACUGACAUGAAAUGAAUAAAAACAUAUUAUUACAAUGUGGUUUAUAAUUAAGACUUGUAUUAUUGUGUAUGUAAAUUUCUACUUCUUUCAUUAUGAUUGAUCACGACAAGUGAAAGGCCCGUUGUCUGUAUUGUCCGAUGUGUGACGAGAAGAAGGCUCUGUGUGUUUUAUGUGUUACUAUUUUUCAUUUCGACCGUGUAUUUGAUUUAAGAUUUAAGUGCGUAUUUUCAAUUUAUCUGUUUUUGGAUUCGAUUGUACAUUUCUGCGAUGCGAACAAUUUGGCAUAACAAAACUUUGUGUGCUUAUUGACCUCUGAGGAGUCAGAUCGAGGUUUCACUCCGCUAAUACGUCAUUUGGAAAGGAUACGAAGAUAGAGAAGGACACUCUCCACUAUAUGUGUACCAGGUUAGGACUUGUCCCCCAACUCGUAAAAGAGCUAAAAUAAGAAAAAUUGGAUUAAAAUUAUGGCCACAUACUUUGGGAGUACCCGGCGAAUUUUUAUGAAAACAAUCCGUGAUUUUAGCAAAAUGCAAUUGCACGCAUUAUUAGCGUAUUUUUCAGUCUCCCAAAAAACCAGAACUUUAUACGCUGAAAG